AUGGCCAAGCUGGUGGGCGUAGAGCGAGCCAGGAUCGGUGGCAAAUGCCUGGCACAGGUGCUGGCUGACAGGCAAACCGUCGGACAGCGCCCAGUUACGCUGAUUGGUCACUCAAUGGGUGCACGGCUGCUGGUGUACUGCUUGUGCGAACUGUACCACAUGGGUGAAUUCCACGCGGUGGACGAUGUGGUUCUGCUCGGUGCUCCUGUGACAACAGAAGCACGCAAAUGGCAAAAGGUCCGUGCCGUGGCCUCUGGUCGUGUUGUGAACGGCUACCUCGGGAAGGACUGGGUGCUUGCUUUCCUCUACAGAUACCUGGAGUGGGGUCUUUCCGUGGCGGGACUUUCGCAAGUGCAGGUGCCGGGAGUGGAGAAUAUCAACCUUGAUGGGCUGGGCAUUCAGGGUCACCACGACUACCCGAACCACAUAGCAGAUAUUCUGGCGAAGCUCCGCGUCGGUGAGCGUCACCCGGAGGUGCUCUCCCAGGCAAAGCCAGCUGGUGCAGCAGGCGCUGGUUUUCUUUGA